AUGUCGCACACGGGGAGGAUGCAUUUGGACAGGAUUCUUCCUUUCAGCCAGCAAUACGCAGCCAAGAUGGUCGUUUCCCAGCAGCUGGUUCGUCUCUUUCACGCUGGCCUCCGCGCCUUGGCGGCGGAUAAGGAGCUGCUGGUGACACUAAGGAAGAAAACCGGUUAUUCCUUCCUGAAUUGCAAGAAAGCCUUAGAGAAGUUCAGGGGCAACCCCAAGCAGGCAGAAGCCUGGCUGCACGAGCAGGCCCAGAAGGAGGGAUGGAGCAAAGCUUCCAAACUGCAAGACAGGAAGACAAAAGAGGGCCUUAUUGGGCUGCUGCAGGAGGGGAACACAGCGGUGAUGGUGGAGGUGAACUGUGAGACCGACUUUGUGGCCCGAAAUGUCAAGUUUCAACAGUUGGUUCAAGAAGCAGCAACUGGGACAAUGUUCCACCAUCAAGGUGUUAAGAACCAGCUAACCACGUAUGUCAAGCAUUUCCUGAAGGCAGCGGAGCUUUCUCAGCUCCGGACGGGGCCUGCUGGAUCUCUGCUCAGUGACCAGCUAGCUCUAGCUAUAGGCAAACUAGGCGAGAACAUGGCUCUAAAGCGGGCUGCCUGGGUGGCCGUGCCAGCUAAUUACUACAUCGGCUCUUACGUCCACGGGGCGCUGCCGGUGGAUAAUCCUGCCCUCGCUAACAUGGCGCUUGGCAAAUACGGCGCCUUAGUGAUUUGCCAAGCGUCGGAGCAGAGCGCCAAGUCCAACCUCGCCGAUCUGGGCCGGAGGCUGGGCCAGCACGUUGUAGGGAUGGCCCCUCUCUCGGUGGGAUCUCUGGAGGAUGAGCCCGGCGGAGACACGGAGACCAAAAUGCUCGCCCAGCCUUUCCUGCUGGACCCCAGCCCCACCCUGGGCCAGUACGUGCAGCCCCAGGGCGUGGCGGUGGUGGACUUUGUGCGCUUCGAGUGCGGCGAGGACACAGAGGUACCAGAAGUGGAGCUGAUGCAGCAGCGGGAAGGGCACUAAACUCCCGGCUGCGGCUGUGGGCUGGAUGUUUCGCAUAUUGGAUCAAUGUGGAAAUAAUGAGGAGUCGGGAUCAGCGGUGAAUUAAUUGCUCACGUGCUGGACAUUUAACACGGGGGCCUCGUUUGUGCAGAGCAUUAAAAGACUGGUCGCUGUGUGGUACUAUGCAGCCUCUGGCCCCGAGCAACCAG